UGUAUAGUAAAUAUGGACGAAAGGAAGCCUCUACUGUUAAAAAAAAGCUACAAAACUAUUAGAGGAAAAACACAGCUAGGUUAUGAGGCGUUACAUAUAGAAAGGCCUGUAUAUCAAAUAGACGAAUUUAACAAAGAGACUUUAUACGAAAAACCAUUCAUACCACUCAAAACAAAAAUCAAAAACUCCGCCAACUCAGUUAAUUACAAACAGUGCAUAUUUAAUACCCUACCUAUAUUAAAAUGGCUACCGGAGUAUAAUUUUAAGUCCAGCAUUUUGGGAGAUAUUAUAGCUGGUAUUACAGUCGCUAUAAUGCAUAUACCACAGGGUAUGGCCUAUGGUCUUCUAGGAGGUGUCCCACCUGUAGUGGGGAUAUAUAUGGCGUUUUUUCCCGUUCUGGUUUACACUCUAUUUGGUACAUCACGUCAUGUUUCUAUGGGAACGUUUGCUAUAGUUUGUUUGAUGACAGGAAAAGUUGUGAACCAGUAUACCACCAUUGAAAUAAUGCAAAAUGGUACUUUAAACCAUCUUACAAGUGAUCCGAACACACCUCAAUAUACAAAUGUACAAAUUGCUUGUAUUGUAACAUUUACAGUAGCCCUAAUACAGAUUCCAAUGUAUAUUUUACGAUUAGGCGUGGUCUCCACGCUUCUUUCCGAAACUUUGGUUGACGGUUUCACUACAGCAGCUGCGUUUCAUGUUGUAGCUUCGCAGCUGAAGGAUUUUUUUGGUAUUCCCAUUACAAAAAGGCGAGGAAAUUUCAGUUUUCCAUUGACUAUAUUUGAUGCCGCUAAAGCUUUACCACAGGCAAAUCUAAAUGCGUGUAUUGUCUCCUUUAUCACUUCGACUUGUUUAAUAAUAAACAAUGAGUUGAUCAAGCCAUGGUUAUCAAAAAAAACACGUUUUCCGUUCCCUAUAGAGUUGGUGGCAGUUGUUUUUGGGACACUUGCGAGUUUAUGCUUGAAUUUUCAGGAUAAUUAUAAUAUAUCUAUUGUGGGACAUAUUCCCACAGGACUCCCAAACCCAUCUUUACCAGCGUUUGACAUGAUCCCAAAUGUAUUUAUGGACUCGUUCGUUAUUACAAUAGUUUCUUACACAGUAACAAUGUCAAUGGCGUUAACAUUUUCCAGAAAAUUAAUGUAUGAAGUCGAUUCAAAUCAAGAAUUACUUGCAUUGGGUUUAAGUAAUAUGCUUGGUUCUUUCUUUUCUUGUUUACCAAUUACGGCGUCUUUAUCGAGGUCUAUGAUACAACAGGCAGUGGGCGGAGUUACGCAGCUAGCCUCAGUUGUUUCUUGUUGUAUUUUGUUGGUGAUAUUGUUGUGGAUUGGUCCCUUCUUCGAGGUUUUACCGAGGUGUGUUUUAACGGCGAUUAUUAUUGUUUCUCUUAAAGGUAUACUUUUUAAAAUAACUUUAAUUAAAAAAUAUUGGAAGUUAAGUAAAUGGGACGCUUUUGUGUGGAUAGUAACCUUUGGAAUUACCCUUAUUUUUCAAAUUAGUAUAGGUUUAGCAGCUGGUGUAGUGGUAUCCCUUCUAAGUAUUUUUGUUCAGGGUUACAAACCUUACACGUGUUUAUUAGGACUAAUACCAAAUACAGAUUUGUAUCUGGACAUCAAAAGAUAUAAAGCUGCUCAAGAAAUUGAUGGAAUAAAAAUUUUCCAUUACAGUGGAGGGUUAAAUUUUGCAUCAAGAACAUCAUUUAAAAAUUUGAUCAACAAAAAAGUUGGUUUUGACCCUCAGGAAAUCCUAACGAAAAAAUCAAGGGAUAUAAUAGAUGGUCAAGAAAUAUCUUUAAUUACUAAAUGGGUUAUGCUAGACUUUUCUUGUUUAUCAUACAUAGACCCUUCUGGAGUUGAACUACUAAGACAAUUACAAUCAGAUUACAAAAAAUUAAAUAUUACACUUUAUUUAGUCAAUUUAUCUGGUCCAGUUUUUGAGGUAAUACAAAAAUGCGACAAAACCCUAGAAUUAGAUAGCAAAUUCAUAAUAUUUCCUACAAUACACGAUGCCGUUUUAUACACGCAAAACUACCUGAAAAACGAAUAACAAACGUGAUAUCUUGUGAUAUGUAAAUAGUUUAAAAGUUGUACCUAUGUCUUAAAUAAAUAAAG